AUGCUCUUCUCGCGUUUCCUCGCUUUAGCCACAGCCGGGGUAGGCACGAUUGCGUCUGCCAAAGUCGUUACCUACAAAUGGACGGUGGACUGGGUGACUGCUGCGCCGGAUGGCUUCUCUCGGUCUGUCAUUGGCAUUGAUGGUCAGUGGCCAUGCCCGACGAUUGAGGCCUCGGUGGGCGACACUGUUGUGGUUGAGCUCACAAACAACCUGGGCAACCAGACCACCGGCAUCCAUUUUCACGGUAUCAACCAGGUCAGCACCAAUUUCAUGGAUGGUCCCAGCAUGGUCACACAGUGUCCGCUACCGCCAGGAUCGACCAUGAAAUAUCAAUUUGAAGCUGAUGUUGGUGGUACGUAUUGGUACCACUCCCAUAACAUGGGGCAAUAUCCGGACGGCCUGCGCGGCCCCAUGAUCAUCCACGACCCCAAUGACCCUUAUGUCGGGCAGUACGAUGAGGAAUACAUCCUCACCCUUUCGGAUUGGUAUCAUGAGGAGACCAUCAACCUGGUGAGGGCCAUGUUGUCCCCAAAUAACACACAGCACAGGCCUCCUCUCCCGCAAGCCGUGCUAGUAAAUGAUGGUGCCGGGUCUCACUACCCCUUCGCCAAGGGCAAGACAUAUCGGUUUCGCAUCAUCAGCUUCGCAGCAUUCGCCGGUUUCAUGCUCCACUUUGACUCCCAUGAUAUGAAUGUCAUCAUGAAUGAUGGCGCGUACGUCAAGAAAAAACUGACAUAUCAGUUGCGCGUUGCCACUGCUCAACGUUACGAUAUUCUCGUCAGUUGUAUCGACCGCGACAACCGCAACUACCCCUUCCUGGUGGCACUUGACCAGAACCCAGACCACACGAAUGCCGAUCUCCCUCAAAGCUGGCCGCUCAACCACACAGGCCAGCUGAUCAUGUUUCCCGAGAAGCCUCUUCGGGAGGAUGUUGUUAACAAAUGGCGCCCGUCUGAUGACUCACAUUUUGAGUCUCCGGAUGGACCUAAUUCUAUUCUGCCUUCUCCAGAUCAGACCAUAGUCAUCGACUUCACUACUUGCUUCGAUAGCAAUGGAAUCCCUCGGAGCUGCAUCAACCAGAAGCCCUACAUCGAGCAGAAGGUGCCCACACUGUAUACUGCCGUCACAACUGGCGAAUUCAAUACAGAUCCAGCUGUGUACGGUCAGGUCAAUCCUUUCAUAGUCUCAGCGGGCAGUAUUGUGGACAUUGUCGUCAACAACCAUGACGUCGCGAUUCAUCCUUUCCAUCUCCAUGGACAUCACUUUCAGAUUCUGAGGAGGCCUUCCUCCGGCACAGGCGACUGGCCUGGGGCGAAGCGAGCUCGUCUCAACAGCAACCCUCCAUACCGCGAUACUGUAUCUGUUAUGGGUAACUCCCACGCCGUGCUCCGAUACAAAGCUGACAACCCCGGCGUUUACCUCUUCCACUGCCAUAUCGAGUGGCACGUGGAGAUGGGGUUGACGGCGACCAUCAUCGAGGCACCGGACGUACUGCGUGACAUGAGUAUUCCUCAAGAUCACCUUGAAAUCUGCAAGUCAGAAGGAAUUCCCACAAGUGGUAAUGCUGGCGGAAACAGCGAGGACCCUUUGGACACCUCUAACUUCAAUUCCGUACCGCCACUCGUGUACAAUGGAGCCCUUUGGCCGAUUCCUGGCCAGACGCGGCCGCUUGUGAAGGCAGUGCGGAGUGCCCGAGUGCGAACGCGAGCGUGA